AUGCCCACCAUGUCCAAGGGGACAACACAGGGCACGUGGGCGCUUAGCGCGACCGUUAUUACAGCUCAAGGUGUCGCAGCUUCGGAGAUCGGCUUGGAAAGAGUUUACAGCAGCACAACCACCGAGCAAGUGUUCUGGCUUCUGUGUUCGACGGUUGUAAGCCCUCCGGGUGGUCACUGCUUUGACGUUUGUGAGAUCUUGCUGCGUUCAAAGUUCAAAGUCCUGUCAAUAAUAGGCAUGCUGCUUUCGAGCCGUGUUGCUCUCGGUGGCAGGAAGCUCAGUGGCAGGGCGAGAGUCUGCGAUGGGCUUCCCUGCGGAGAUGCUAUCGGCUCCCCAGAGCUGCCAGAUGUCUCCCCCCCCAGGCAGACCACGGGCUCCACCUGUGCACGGAAGGAGAUCUGGAGACGUGAAGACUGGAGGUCCACCCCGGGAAACGGCAGCAGGACACUUCCAUCGCGCCCGUCCGAGGGCUCCCGGGCACGCCUGCCGGCCCUCGCUGAGCGGCUGAGGAACCUCCGCCUCGGAGUUCUGCCGCGGACAGGACGGCGACGAUGGUGUAGGAUGGAGCUCCCCGUCGAAGCCGAGGCGGCCCUGCGGACGACCGGCGCCCCCAACGCCUCGGAGGCGGCCGGCCGGGCCCUGGCCCCCGGCACCAUCCUCCUCUCGUCCGUCUACGCUCUGGUGUGCUGCGCGGGGGUCCUGGGCAACUCCAUGGUCAUCUACGUGGUGCUGCGGCACGCCGGGAUGAAGACGGCCACCAACAUCUACAUCCUGAACCUGGCAGUGGCUGAUGAGCUCUUCAUGGGCAGCGUGCCCUUCCUGGCCACCGCAGCGGCCCUGCACCACUGGCCCUUCGGGCCCCUGGCCUGCCGCCUGGUGCUCAGUGUGGACGGCAUCAACAUGUUCACCAGCGUCUUCUGCCUGACCGUGCUGAGCGUGGACCGCUACCUGGCCGUGGUGCACCCCAUCCGCGCGGCCUCCUACCGCCGGCUGCCGGUGGCCAAGGCCGUCAACCUGCUGGUCUGGGUGCUGUCGCUGCUGGUCAUCGCCCCCAUCGUGGUCUUCGCCGACACCCAGAAGAUGGAGGACGGCGAGGUGGUCUGCAACCUCCUCUGGCCCCGGAGGUCCUGGUCCAAGGUCUUCGUGGUCUACACCUUCCUGGUGGGCUUCCUGCUGCCCGUGUCGGCCAUCAGCCUCUGCUACCUCCUCAUCGUGGUGAAGAUGCGGGCGGUGGCACUGAGGGCCGGCUGGCUCCACCGCCGGCAGUCCGAGAGGAGGAUCACGCGGAUGGUGGUGCUGGUGGUGGCGGUCUUCGCCGUCUGCUGGACGCCCUUCUACGCCGUCCAGCUGUCCAGCGUCUUCUGGUCGCCGCCCGACCCCACCCUGGCCCAGCUGGUGGUCAUACUGAGCUACGCCAACAGCGGCGCCAACCCCGUCCUCUACGGCUUCGUGUCCGACAACUUCCGCCGGGCCUUCCGGCGGAUCCUCUGCUUCCGCUGCGCUGGCCGGCGGGGUGGGCGCCAGGGGCGGGCGGACGGGGAGGGGGACGGGGCCGAGGGGUGGGGGGAGGAAGGGGAGCGGGAGCCGGCCGACGACGGAGCCCUGGCUCUCAAGCCCAGGGCGCGGCUGCCCGACGCCGGCCAGCGGGACUACGAGAAGGUCUGCCCCAAUGGGACGUGUACUUCGCGGACCACUGCUCUGUGA